AUGGCAAAUCUUAUAUUCCUUACAGGACUGGCGCUGCUGCUGAAUGCUCAGAUAGGCUCUGCCUACGAGCUGACAUGCUAUUUCACCAACUGGGCCCAGUACAGACCUGGACUGGGGAAGUUCAAGCCAGAUAACAUUGACCCAUGCCUUUGUACUCACCUAAUCUAUGCCUUUGCUGGAAUGUCCAACAACAAGAUCGCCACUAUUGAAUGGAAUGAUGUCACUCUUUACAGCUCCUUCCAGAAUCUGAAGAACCAGAAUGGUAACCUGAAAACUCUUCUGGCCAUCGGAGGUUGGAACUUUGGAACUGCACCAUUCACAGCCAUGGUCUCCACUGCUCAGAACCGUCAGACUUUCAUCAGCUCUGUGAUCACAUUUCUGCGUCAAUAUGGAUUUGAUGGUCUGGACUUUGAUUGGGAAUACCCUGGCUCUAGAGGCAGCCCUCCUCAGGACAAACAGCUCUUCACCACCUUGGUUCAGGAAAUGAGGGCAGCAUUUGAGACAGAAGCAACACAAAGCAACAAAGCCAGACUUAUGGUAACUGCUGCCGUUGCCGGAGGUAUCUCCAAUAUCCAAGCUGGCUACCAGAUUCCUCAGCUCUCUCAAGCUUUAGAUUACAUCCAUGUCAUGACUUAUGACUUGCACGGUUCCUGGGAAGGAUACACUGGAGAAAACAGCCCCCUGUAUUCUAAUCCUUCCGCAACUGGUUUGAACGCUGACCUGAAUGUUGCCGCUGUCAUGAACUACUGGCAGCAGAAUGGUGCACCAGCUUCAAAACUUAUUGUUGGAUUCCCAACCUAUGGACACACCUUCAUCUUAAGCAACCCAUCCAACACUGCCAUUGGUGCCCCCACUUCUGGAGCUGGACCAGCUGGACCCUACACCAGGCAAUCUGGAUUCUGGGCCUAUUAUGAGAUUUGCACCUUCUUGAAGAAUGGAGCUACCAAUGCGUGGUCAUCAGUUGAAGAUGUCCCCUAUGCCUACCAGGGUAAUGAGUGGCUGGGAUACGAUAAUCAAAAGAGCUUCCAGACCAAGGCUCAAUGGCUGAUGCAGAACAACUAUGGAGGUGCUAUGGUUUGGGCUAUUGAUCUUGAUGAUUUCACUGGAACAUUCUGUAACCAGGGCAAGUUCCCUCUGAUCACCACACUGAAGAACACUCUUGGCGUUCAGGCUUCAGGUUGCACCCCUCCUGCAAGUCCCGUUGCUCCUAUUACAGCAGCCCCAGCCACAGCAGCCCCAGCCACAGCAGCCCCUAGCGGCAGCGGUUCUGGUAGCAGUUCUGGAGGAAGCUCAGGUGGAAGUGGAUUCUGUGCUGGCAAAGCCAGUGGUCUGUACCCAGUGGCUGGGAAUUCAAAUGCCUUCUGGCACUGCUUGAAUGGAAUCACCUACCAACAGCAUUGCCAAACUGGUCUUGUCUUUGACCCAAGCUGCGAGUGCUGCAAUUGGGCAAAUUAA